GACGUGCAUGGAGGCGCGUGUGCUUGAUUUCGCUCUGCGCCCUUUGCACUGCAUGGCUGCAGGAUGCGAGCGUGACGCGAGCAGUCAAUUUGCAGGCGCUCAUCGCGGAUCUGAUGAGGAAGUGGACCCCGGGACGUGGGGUCGCCGCCCCACGGAGAGGAAGUCUAGCGUGGGCCCUCUUGAAAAGCCGUCAUUUUGAGGUCGUAGACUAACUAUGCUUGCCCCCGGACCGACUCCGUUCUCUUCCCUCGCCGGCUCCCUCAUGGCCUUUGCUGCUGCCGUGCUGAGAAGCCUUUCAUGGCGGGUUCGCUUCCACAAUGCGUGGACACGGUCAUCAUAGGAAACGGUCCGUCGGCGCUCAUCCUGUCGUACAUCCUCCACGGCCACAUUCCCUACUAUGUCGGCGGCCACCAUGACGCGCUGCUGGACCAGAGGCUCCGCCGCGAGCUCAGCCUGCUCCACCUCACCCCCGACCUGCACGACCACUUCCUGUCCUCGAUCCGCUACUCGACGGCCGCCCUGCCCGUCAACACGCUGCUGGACACGCUCCUGCGGCCCAACGCGGACACGGAGAUCAACCCCACCUCGUGUAUACAAUGGCGAUAUGAGCCGGAGCGCGCCGUUGCCCACGUGGCCAUUGGCGACACUCCGCAGCCCGGCGGCCAGUGGGUCGACAGCCCCGUCAAUGCGAGCGCCAACAUCGGCACCCUGAGCUACGCAGAGCAGCUGAGCCUGCCCGGGUACUCGUAUGCCGAGCACAUGGCGAAGAGCGCCGACGCCGCCCAGUGCGAUUUCGUGAGGCCGUCGCGCCAACAAGUCGCCGCCUAUCUGGAGGCUUAUCCAGGAGCCGUGGGCAUUGCGGACGCCGUCUACACGGGCAUGAGGGUGGACGACGUGUAUCGCACGGCCAAGGGCUUUGCCAUUGGCUCCCUGGGCAUUCGCUGCAAGCACUUGGUGCUGGCUUCCGGCAUCUUCACCGUCAACAUCCCGCCGCCGCCUCUGCUUGCACCCAUUGCCCAGAUCGAUGCAGAAGAUGUGCCUCUCCUUGUCGUCGGUUCGGGAUUCUCGGCCGCAGACGUUAUCAUUUCUGCGCCGCCAAAUCGCAAAAUCAUCCAUCUCUAUCAAUGGGCGCCCAGCACGCGGCCGUCGCCGCUCCGUGGCUGCCACCACUCGGCAUAUCCCGAAUAUGCAACUGUGUACAAGCAGAUGAAGCUUGCGUCCAUAUCCUCCAAGAAGACCCGUUCGGCCCGAUCUCCGCUGUUACGGCGCAAGUCGAAUCCCUUCUCCACCCAGCGAGACUGGGCCUCGUUCUACGAAGGCUUCCCCAAUGCCCAAGUCCUCCACAGCUCUAUCUCCGACGCCACAGGCAUCGCCCAAGUAACCCUCCGCCUGGAAUCCGGCGAAGAAAUCACCCGCCAGGUAGGCGGCCUCGCAUACGUAGUCGGACGCCGCGGCACCCUAGACUUCCUCUCGCCCUCACUACUCCAAGAGCUCGGCCCCUUCGACACACCCUCUGGCACGCCGACUCUCAUCUCCGGUCGCACGCUGCGCGCCAAAGCCGAGGCCUCCCUAGAGGUCGCAAAAAACGUCUUCAUUAUCGGCAGCUUGGCCGGCGACUCGCUCAUCCGGCAUGCCGUGGGGGGCUGCGUCUUCGCAGCCGGCCGCAUCCUCGGCGCCAUACCUUCUUCGUACCCUUCCUCUUCCACGUCCAGCGCCUCGACACCGCGCUCCGUCUCGCCUAGCCGCGUCUCGGAGGCUACGCCUGAUUCUUCGACGACGCCCAGCCCGAAGGAGAGCCCGAGGGUGACGGCGAAUGGGCAUGAGGAUUUGCAUGUUGAUCGGCGGAAGCUGGCGCAGGCUGUCGAGGUGGCGAGCAUGGAGAAUCGGAUAUGGGCUGAUUCUGGGUGGUGGGCUGGCGGAUUGGGCUGGACGAGUUCCUCAUGAAAUGGAGGGGCGUGAAUAUAGUGCAUUGUGUACAUAAAAGUCAUUAUUACGGUCCUGGAAUCCUACCUGCGCGCAUGCUCUUCCCUCACUGCUUGCGCGAAAAUCAGAACUUCAAGUAAGAAGAAAAUAGGACCUGUACAGAAAAGGUGGAAACAUAGUGGCAACAACAAAAAAGAAGUGCCCGUCGAUCGACUGCCCCGUUGUACAUCAUCCAUCUGCCUGAAUAGCCACAGCUACACCCUGAGCCUCCAUUUUCACCCCCUUCCGUC